GUUUUGUGUCAACCAAUUAGAAGGCAGUUGGCCAUGAUGUUGUGUAGAGGCUGGUGACUUGCAGCCAUUGCAUAGAAUUUCAGUGAUGGUGGAUUUUCAACCCCUGUGUCAACAAACAUCCUCUCAGAUGAUCAUACAAUAGGAUCUCUGUUGCGGGUGCAUUCUCCUGCAGUGAGGAAGCUCACACAAACAUAUAUACACUAACACACAACACAUCCUCGUACACGAGCGAACGCGUUCAGCUGCUGAGCCUGCUGGAACCAAUGUCGAACCCAAGAUUUUAAAUUAUUGAAAAUUCAAGUUUACCUUGCCGUUCUUAACUUCCCACGACCAUGGCUAGUCGAACUAACUCAAUGUCCGGCGAUCUUGAGGUACCCGAACCUCGCGCGAACGGAUAUCGCGCGGACGAAAACACAGUGUGCAGUUCAGUCCUGAAUGCCAAUAGCCCCGCCUACGUUCCUAUCAACACACGCAACCCUAACUACCAGGUUCACGCUCAAGCUCUCAAUGGAUACCCCAACGGCUCCUACCAGCAGCAGUAUGACCGGCAGUAUCAGGACCAGUAUCAUGAACACGCAAACCAAGACACAGUUACCAAUGGCGGUAGUUACGGAACUUACGACCCGUCAUCCAUGCAGUAUGUGGCGAAUAUGCCGCCGUAUUACCACUAUCCUUCGCCUGCCUUGUUACAGCACCAGUACUUCCACAGACCAGAUCUGUAUGCUCAGCAGCAUCCUGAGGUGUGUGCAGGUGGUGCUCGAGAGGAAGGUCAUGCUGGGUUGGUCGACUCGUCCUCGACCAACUCCCUUGUGGGCAGUGCCACUACCUCCACCAGCACAUCUUUGCCUCUACCUCGGACUUCAGCUUCCGCUGCUGCUCCGUCUCCUCUGCUUUCCACCCCUCCCAUCUCAAGCAUGUCCGACACUUCCUCUAUUCACCAACACCCCUUGCCACGAUACCCACAUCAGCCUAUGUUAAACAGGACUUCAUUUGUGCCUAACAAUCUAUUGGGACCGAAUAACCGUCAUCAUGAACCACCACAGGUGCAAACCAAUCAAAACCCUGGUGCCAACGCCAUGGUUCAUGUUAACAAUUCAUUCGUAAAUCUUUCACUGUUUAACUCACCUGGUUCCUACACAGGCGUUGCACAAGCUUCACCUCUCGCGAAUCCAGGCGCGAUGAUGCAGCAACCUGGCAUGAGCCUACAUCAUGCCGUUCCGAUGCCUGGCUCCAAUUACCCCUUUGGCAUGUCGUACGUACAGCCUCAACAUGAACCUCAUUAUCCAUCUCCCGGAGCACAUUCCAGACAACCGCAUGGAGCCAAAGCCUCGCGCGAUGCAGCCUUGAGUGCCACCAGAGCCAUGACCCGUGGCAGGGGCUUGCCGUCUCAUCGAGGAGAAACGGGAGCUCAACGCCUACCCAGACGCAGUGAAGGCGACCGCUCAUCUAUAGGCAGUGGAGUGGACCGGAACAGCAUCAAUGAAGAGAUGUGUGAUUUCAACGAGUCUGAUUUCUCUUCAAAUGCCCCUGGUAAUGACCGAGAUGUCCACGGAGCGCGCAGGAUGAUAACUGAUUCACAAAACAUCAACAAUGCUUCGCUGAAUGUUUUUGAAGGAGCUCCCAUUUUUAUGACUCCUACAAUACCUUAUCAACCUCGAAAUGAUGGUUAUGUGUAUUCGAACAUGCUUCCAUUCAACGUUGUUGCAAUUGCUCCUGGCGUACCUAUGGGGAUCAGUAAUGUUCCUCAGGUUGAUGACACUGCACGAGACAGCGGCUGUAGUUCGCCAUGUGAGACUACAGGUAUCGCUGGCGUCACUGCUCCGUUGAUAGCUAAUGUUCCGUCGAAUUACAUCAGCGAAAAUAACAUGUCCAGAACGCAGAACAUUAUGCCGAUACCGGCUCAUGGCACGAUGCUCCCAAAUGUCUCUAUGACGUACCAUCUUGAUGUGCCCAAUACUGGCACAUCUGCCUCUUAUACUGACCAUAUGACUGCUUUCGUGACGGUCCCUCAGUCUUGUGUUCCUUCUGAUCAUCAUGAUAAUGCAUACACAACUGUUUCGUCCAAUUCAGUGAAUACAGGAAUGAUUUAUCAGAGCAAUAACUCAUCGUGCAUGCAUAAUUUCUCACAAGAGGAAGUUUCUGUUGAUAAUAUGACUGCGUCUUCCUUAGCGUCACCAGUCUGUUCUGUGAACUUCACCUCUGCAACUUCGGACACUCUAGAAUUGUCUUCAAAUACUGCUUCAUAUGUAGUCACAACUGCUGGAGACUCGCAGAACGAGGCAGUUCCUGUGUAUGCGGCAUAUGUUACUUCAAGCCACCAGUCGAUUCAUGCUCCUUUGAUGGAAGAGCUAGCUCAUGAAUAUGCUAACAUUGAAGUUGAUACAAGCCAAGCUGGGAACGACGCUGCAAGUUUAAUCGGGGGUGAUUUCAUCACAGCACAAACUUCUGAAGCUCCAAAUGGCAACUCCCAAAUUUAUGAGGUAACACCUAGCAGCCCUUGCAACGAGGCCAAUGAUUCUGAAAUCAUCCCAAUUUUCGAAACUAGUCAUGAGCAAAGUUAUUCAUUUUCAUUUAGUUUUGGAGAGUUUUCUCCUGAGAGCAUUACUGAGGAACUUCGGAAAAGUCAAAAUCAGCGUGAAAAUUUCAAGCUUCGUUCUGAUCAUAACUCAUGUGCGCCAUUCAAAAAUAUCAGUAUAACAUCGUCAAAUCCUGUUUUUGAUACCACAUCCGUUAUGGCGUCUGGCAGCGAUUCUGUUCUCAACUUUGGUGAAAUACCUGAAAAAAAUCUUGAUCGACUGGCACCUAUGCACUCCAAUGAAGUAAAACAAGGCGGAGUAACUGCAGAAAAGUCUAGCGGGGGCAUCACUUCUCCCUCAUUAGCUUCAGGUUCCAAAACGAGUCCAAUGUUGGAAAAUUCUUCCGUAAAAUCAUCAGAGUUGCUGUCCUCCGAUAAGAAGUUGGUAUCUUCACCUCAUGCAACCUCCAUCUCUGCAGACGCCUCGCCUUGCUCAGCUGAAGUCACUUCGGUUGUAGCAACUGCUGUGAUGUCUGAAGCUCUGUCCAGCGAGAGCGCUCCUACUGUGAUGCAUGUUCAUGCAGGGACAGCUGAGAAGCCUCCUCUUCCUUCGGCGAAUAAAAAGCAAACGCAGAAACAAGAACAGCAGCCACGACAGAAGCAGCCACCUCAACAGCAACAAAACCAACCGCACCAACUUGAACAGCCGCAGCAACAAGAGCAACAACGUGAGCGGAUUCAACAAGAGCAACGGCUGCAGCAGCAACAGCAACAACAGCAAGUGCAAGAGGAGGACCAGCAACGAACCGUUGUCUCUGAAUCUUCUCAUCUUUCAUCAGCUGCCAAUGCUAAUGAACCAGCUGCUCCUUCAGCUUGGGGCAAGAGCAAAAACUGGGAGGCAACUUUCAAGGGCAACAUGUCUGGCCGAACUGUCAAGACUGCCGUGAUACAUCCAAUAAUGCGUAACGGGGCGUUGGAGUUGGAAGACGAGCAAACGCCUUCAAGCAGGCCUGCUCCUGCUGCCACGUGCUCGGCCAUUGUUGUUGCUGGGCCUGCAUCCACCGCAGCGUCCGAGCUGCUCGACAACACCGUUUCUUUACCGCCCCCCGUCGAUGACACAGCUAUCAAAAUGGACAAGACUAAAAUUGGCGAUUUCCUGUCAGAGUAUAAGGCUGACAGCAGUAACGUGAUGCUUCAACCUCGGGGCCUGACUAACAAGAACUACUGGUGUUAUUCCAACACAGUUCUGCAAUCUCUCACUGCUGUCCCUCAGUUCGUCAACCUUUACAGCGAAAUGCAGCAACGUGUUGGUUCCCUCAUUACUCCCCACACAAUGCCAAUUUCACAUAGCAUCAUAACAUAUUUAAACGAAUUUAGGCCAAUGAACACCAGCGCUGUCAACCUUAACGUACGCGCUCGCAAGAAAGCAGGCCAGAACGUUGUUAACUUACCGGAGCUGCAGUCUGGUGAUCCUUUUGAGCCUUCUUCAGUGCAGAAGAUGUUACUGCAGAAGACAGGCGCCCAGUUUCAGGAAGGCUAUCAGCAGGAUGCUGAAGAGAUGCUCUCUUUUCUUCUGAAUGCCAGUCAUGAUGAAUUCAACGAGUGCAUCAAAUUGGCUGCUCUUGAAAAGGAAAAAUUGAGUGGUCAAAAAAUUCCCUCUGCUGUCGUUCUUCCCAACGGUCAAGCCGAUGACAACAACGAUGACUGGGUGACCAUGGGGCCUAAAAACAAGGCUUGCAUCACUAGAACUACGCAGUUCUCGCAUUCGCCCAUCAGUGAAAUAUUCUGGGGUGAGUCACGCGCCAUUAUCAAGAAAGGGAACUCGCCUGUUACCAACAACUUGGAGCCAUUCAUUACACUGCCUUUGGAUAUCCAAGAUGAAGCUGUAACAAGUGUGAAAGAAGCACUGAACCAGUUCGUGAGUAAAGCCGAUGUUGCUGGUUACACUUGCACGGACACUCAAGAAGAGCUCGCUGUCAGCAGCCAUUACCUGCUGGAACAGCUUCCCCAAGUACUGAUACUUCAGCUAAAACGUUUUGUUUACAGCAAAGACGGCGGCCUGCAGAAGGUGACCAAAGACAUUUCUCUUUCGAUCGACCUCGAGAUAAGCAAGGAUCUCAUCUCCCCGCAAAAACGCAAGAAGCUGUCUGGCGAACAAACGAAAUAUAAACUCGUGAGUGUCAUUUAUCACGACGGCAAGGACGCCAACAAAGGCCACUACGUUUGCAAUGUUUAUCAUCCAGGCUAUCAUUGUUGGCUUCAUUACGAUGAUUCAUGUGUGAAACCUAUCGUUUCAGCCGAGUUGCAACGCUUUUACGCUCCUCGUGUUCCGUACAUCUUAUUCUACAGACGAGUUGAUACCUUUGCCGAGGGCACUGCCCCAUCUGCCAUCCAACUUUUGCCUAACCGUCGUCGAAUUAAUAAAGACAAGAGAAAUUCUUCUUCAGAGAAAGCAUCAUCGACCGAGCGUCACGAAGAGCUAGGAGAUAAACCUGCUGCUGAAGACCGCCAAUUAUUUUCCGCGAACAACUCUCGAAAGUCAUCUUUAGAUGGCAAACCAACUUCAGUUGAGAGGAAAUCGAUUGAAAAUGCUCAAUCUCUGAGUCAGUUGAAAUCAAAUAAUAACAAGCGUCAAGAAAAGAAACAGUUCAAAGGCAAGCAAGGCGUCAGCAAGUAGUGGGAAAAUUAGUAUUGAAAAUCUCAAACGUGUAGACUAGGAAGUGAGUUGAUAGUGAUUAUCAAACUUUUCUUGUAGUUUAACUUACAUUAUACAAGUGUACUAACUUGAAGACAAAGACAAUCGAGACUGGAUUUAAUGUGAAUACUGUGAUUAGCUUUCCCAGUAAGAGUGAAUUUUGUUAGAAUUGAAACUGGCUAUUAUUACCAGUGUGUGGUUUAAAUAUCUCGAGUGCCUCAUUAGUUAUAAUUUGAUUUUCCCUCUGCGUCGUGAAGUCGUUUGGUUCGUUGCUGAUUGUUGAGACAUUUGCAACGCUCCAGACUUUCCUAGUGUUUUGUGAACGAGUGUUAGAUAAAGUAGUGCCUGAUAAUUAAUAGAAUUAUUCUAUUAGAUUAUUUUACAUCCACUCCAAUUAUGACCCUUUAUCAUUAGGUCCAUGUGCAUUACUUAGAUAAAGAGACGUUAACAGUGUCGUUUCAACCGUGUUAUUUCAAAUUAUACUGUGAAUUACAAAGAAUAUACCUACCUUUACUGCAAGUGAAAAUAUCGCCGUAUCACUUGCCUCUUCCUUACUGGUGACCUCACCUGAUAGCUAUUUGUUGCAUUAGCAAUUGGUAUCUAAUGUAAUUUUCUGUUGAUAUCUUGUAUCUAGUUUGUCCUACUUAUUCAUGAUGACAGCAUCGAGAUGAUGCUCGCCUCCAGCAACUCAGACGAGCUCGUUCAGUAGUAUUUUGAAGUUGAAAAGCUCAGACUUGAUAUAAUCUGUAGUGCAAAGGUUUAUCAUUAUCAGCCUUUGCAAGAGUUAUUUUCAGCUUUUGAUUCCGCGUACAACAGAAUUAUUAAUGGAAAUGAAAUCAAAGUAAGGCUUUCUGGCUGUGUUUUUUUCUCAAGUUUCGUUGCUUUUGUUUAGCACUCCACGACUUCAGUCAUUUUUUGCUAUCUUUGUAUAGGCUAUACUCUACUGAGUUUAUUCUGGUUGCUGGAGGCGAACUUAACUAAUUUUUCCUAAUUUUUGUAUGUCAGCAGGAGAAUGUGAUCUAUAUCUAAGAAUUAAAUUAAGCUGUAUAAAUUGAUACUUACCUUUAAUAGUUCCUAAGGUCUCAGCAACCUGGUCCUUAUUUUUCGUCUUUUACUAUCGUUGGACGAUCGAGUGUAAAUCGUAGCUGUUAGCGCCUGCCCUAGCUAUCCAAUUUAAUUAAAUAUCACUCGAUGAAAUUCUCAAGACAUAGAAUUGUGAAGGUCAGAAAAAUAAUUUAGUGACCAAAAUCGUCUUAUGUUUUACGAAUGUAGUUCUUUGAAGUUUUUCUCGAAUGGGCGAUUACUGUUCGUGUGCUUAAGAAUAAUUAAGUCCACACUUGAUAGCGUAGCAUUAUAACACACAUGCCGUUGUGUGCAAGGAAGGGAAUACUAAUUGGAAGUACAGUAAUUUAAAUUUAUAUUGUUUUAUGAUCAAUGACCAGACGGGAGUUUGCUUAUGAAUCGCUAUAUAAAUUUGCGUGCUCAACUUGAUAUAAUAAUGUGGGUGAAUAUAUGUACCUAUAUACUUUUAUUUUAUUGCCUGGCGUUUGAAUGACCAAAAUCAUUUCUGGCAAUGCACAUUCUUAUUUCACACUGGCAUGUUAUUAAUUUUGCUUGCUAUGACCGUUGGUUUUAUCCGCUCUAAAGGAAGUUUCUGAACUCUUUAACUUAUUUAAUGUCACUCGGAUGAUGUUUCUUCAGUGGACGUCUGAACCUUGGGUGUUGCUGCUCACUGGUGUGUGCUUCUUAUUUCUGAGUAAUGGUUGCAGGUUUUAGCUUUUCUGAUGUUUUUGAGUCCUAAUAUUUCGGUAGAUAAUCGUGCACUCUCCAUGAAACUCGUAGCUGGUCUGUAAAUAAAAUUUUUGAUGCAGCCGUGAACCUCUUACUUACGUUCAUCUAUAAACUUAGAGGAGCUGAUCUCUAGCGAUGUUUUGUUUCUUGUAAAGCUGGGUCCAUUUUCAGAUUGAUUGCAUUUUUAUGUAAUUUAGUCCUAUGGGAAUGAAGGAUUUCAUUAAGCUUUGCUAGAAGCGUUGCACAUUGGUAGGGAAAUUUGCGCUCCAACUAAUCUUGAUUGAUUUGAACAAAUUAAAUUUUAAUAUGGUUGAAUUCAAUUGUCAAAUGCGGUGAAUUUCAUUCUAGAUACUAUGCUUGUUUACACUAGCCAUCGGUGAACAUUAUUAAUAUUUAAAUGAUGGCGGCUGAUCAUCUAUGGUUGGCUUCCUUACACCGAGUAGUGAAUAAUGUGAGUUAUUCAAAGCUUCAUCUCGUUUUCUACCAAUAUAAUUGCUUCGUGGUGUCCGAUGUGCGUGAUCGGAUGAUGUGAUGUGCGGGAUAGCUUGCACCUAAUGGCAUGUCUAGUCAGCCAGACUAGUUCGAGCACGUAUUCAAGUUAGCAAUUCGUUAAAUGCAAUGUGUUUGGUUAUUGGUGAGCACUCCUGGUUUUACUUACUCUUAAUUAAUAUUUUUUAUACAUUUGAUAUUAUUUCCUUCAAAUUGCAGGGAAUGCUUUUGUUUAGAUGCUUUUAGACUGACUGGAUAUUUUUCGUGCUGUUAGAAACUUGGUAAUGCGUAACAUCACUAUUGGUUAAGCACGUGCAAGCAGUAUAAUACUCGGGCUGGUCCUCAAAUUGUAGUCUCAUGUUCUUGUGUAAAUAGUAAUAUACUUACAACAAAUGAGGUAUUAUUCACCUGUUAGUGAGAUGUAGCUGGGUUAGUCGACGUGUCCUUGACCGGUUAGAAAGGCUGUUUGUUUCGUUCUGUGAACAACUCGAAUCUUGGAGUGGUUUACAUACGCGUUCGUCCGUCCGUCCACAUAAGUGACUUAAUUAAAUGUCCCUAUGCUCAUGAAUCAAUUUGUUAUGGGUUUUAUUUUCUUCCUCGUAACGGUCUCAUAACUUCAUGUUCAAAUUCGGAAAACUGUUUUUGAUUUGAACUUUAUUUCGUUCUCGAUUAGGCUUGAAAUUUUUUGUCGAUCGUCACGUCAUGCUGUUUCAUCGAAUUUCAAUGUGUUUUGUCUCCUAACUUUAGCGUUUUGUUAUUAUGCUGAGGAAUUUUUAUCAACACUAUCAUGGAGGCUCGAUAGCUGAAGGAGGUUGAAUUUGUUUGAUGACAGGAUGCAGUAGUAAGGCAGCUGUUGAUAUUAUUUCAACCGUUGAAGUAUCACAAGGUGGGCGUUUCAUAUUUUGUAUUAAUUCUCCAGUGAUACGUAAUUAAUAACUGUUUCAUUACUUUUCAUCGUACGGAUGCUUCUUGACAAGGGCGUAUGACGAUAGUCGGAUGUUGAAGAUCACGAAAUGAUUCAAACUUUGCCUACCUCGUCUGGACUUGCGGUUGUCUUGUCAAUGACCGUGACAUGUGUUAGUUAUUUAAUCUCUGCCGGGAAAUGAGUUCGGACUUCAAUGGAUGUACUAAUUCUCUUAUCACGCAUUAGCUAUUAUUGUUCACAGCUUGAAGCAUCGAUGAGGCUCUUACCGGUUUUUUCACAGUGCAUUUCUUUUUUGCUAGCCAAGUAUUGGAUUUUCUAAUUGUUUCAGUUGUGGUUGCUUGUUAUCUUUAUUAUUAUUUAAACUCUUUUACUCAAUGCUUGAUAUAUUAUUUUGUCCACCUGAGGACAUCGUCUUGUCAUAAUAUUCCCAUGUUAUCUUUCUGUCGACGUGUCCAAUGAAUAAUGGAACAUU